GAGGGGGGUCAGGGGGCUCCUGACUCUGCCUCAGAGGGCUGUCCAGAGCCUGGCAGUGAGGGCCAGGGGAAGGCAGACAGGCAGAGGUGGAGAGAGACACAGCAAAGGAAAGCCACGGAAAGAGAGAAAGAGGAGGACCCCAAAAGGGACAAGGACCCCAACAUUCAUCCACGCAGCCGCAGCAGCAGCUGGAGCCAGCCCUGGGAGAAGCUCUGCUCCCUGUUGCUCCCCAUGGGCCAUCGUGUGCCAUGGCUGCACACCUCUGUCCUCUGGGCUGCCGUGGCCAGCCUGCUCCUCCCCCCUGCCAUGACCCAGCAGCUGAGAGGGGCUGGGCCCGGCCCCAGCAACUGGGACGACCAUUCAGGAGUCUCAGGGCCCUCAGAGGACGGGUCUGCUGAGUUUGGCCAUCCCAUCCACAGCCAGAGAGGCCAUGGACAUGAGAACAAGGAUGUUUCCACAGAGAGUGGGCAUCAAUUCCAGAGCCACAGAGACCACAAAGAAGCGGAUGAAUAUGUCUCCAGGGAAUACAGUCACCGAGUCCAAGGCCACAGGUACCAAGGCCAUGAGGCUGGGGAUGAGAAUGUCUCUGAGGAGGAGGUCUUCACAGAGCAUGCUCAGCAGGCCCAUGGGCACAGAGGCCAUGGGAACGAAGACCUGGAUGAUUCGGCCGAGCAUGGGCACCACUUCCCCAGCCACAGGAGUCAUGGCCACCAAGAUGAGGAUGAGGACGAAGUUGUGUCCAGUGAGCGUCAUCAUCGUAUCAUCAGGCAUGUACACCAAGGCCACAGAGGAGAAGAGGAUGAUGGGGAAGAUGAGGAGGAGGGGGGUGUCUCCACUGAGUACGGACACCAGGCCCACAGACAGCAAGGCCACGGGAAGGAAGAGGAUGAGGAUGUCUCAAGUGAACACCACCAUCAUGUCCCCAGCCACGGGCACCGAGGCCAUGAAGAAGAAGAUGAUGAUGAUGAUGUCUCUGCUGAGUAUAGACACGAGGCCCACAGGCACCAAGGCCAUGGGAAGGAAGAGGAUGAAGAUGCCUCAGAUGAACAUCACCAUCAUGUCCCUGGCCACAGACACCAAGGCCAGGAAGGAGAAGAAGAAGAUGAUGAUGAAGAUGAUGAUGAUGAUGAUGAUGACGUCGCUACUGAGUACAGACGCCAGGCUCACAGGCACCAAGGGCAUGGGAGGGGAGAGGAUGAAGAUGCCUCAGAUGAACAUCACCAUCAUGUCCCCAGCCAUGGGCACCGACACCAUGGAGAUGAGGAAGAUGAGGAUGAGUCCACUGAACAUUGGCACAAAGUUGCCAGACCUACCCACCAUGGCCUUGGAGAUGAGGAUGAGGAGGAAGAGGAGGAGAUCGCAGUCAAGUUCAGCCACCAUGUUGCGAGCCACCAACCCGAAGGCCACAAGAGCUCUGAGGAAGAGGACUUCCCAGAUGAGUAUGAAACAGCAGUCCCUGGCCGUCACCACCACGGAGUCCCCAAGGAGGAAGAUGAGGACAUUUCUGCCAAGCUUGGCCACCAGGCUCCCAGCCAUGGGCAAGAAGGCCACGGAGAUGAAGGGACUGGCCACAGAGGGUCCAUCAAAGAGGAAACUAGCCACCAGCCCCCAGGGCACACGGGGGUCAAGGAUAGAAGCCAUUUCAGGGGCGGAGACUCUGAGGAGGAAGAGGAAGAGGAGAAGGAAGAGGACCACAGCUCCCAGGAGGAAGAUGAUGAAGGCUCAGAGCUGGGAGAAGGCACCCAUCAUGGCAGCCUGGGUCAGGAGGAUGAGGAAGAGGAAGAGGAAGGUCAUGGUCUCAGCCUGAGCCAGGAGGAGGAGGAGGAGGAGGAGGAGGAGGAGGAGGAGAGGAGGGAAGAGAGGGCUGAGCUUCAGGCUCCACUGAGCCAAGAGCACCGGGAGGAAGAAGACGAGGAAGAUGAGCUCCCCUUCACCAUCAUCCCCAACCCACGGGCCAGGAAGGAGGUGGCUGGAGGUGCCUCCAGUGAGGAGAGUGAGGAAGACACUGGUCCACGGGAUGCCCAGGAGUACGGGAACUACCAGCCAGGGUCCCUGUGUGGCUACUGCACCUUCUGCAAUCGGUGCACGGAAUGUGAGAACUGUCACUGCGACGAGGAGAACAUGGGAGAGCACUGUGACCAGUGCCAGCACUGCCAGUUCUGCUACCUCUGCCCGCUGGUUUGCGAAACGGUCUGCAGUCCAGGAAGCUACGUCGACUAUUUCUCCUCGUCCCUGUACCAAGCCCUGGCGGCCAUGCUGGAAACUCCGGAACCCUGACCUGGGGGCGUGGCUGCGCGCAGACAUACCUCCCCAGCCCUCCAAACCCCCUUCCACGAGCCAUAUUUAUUUCUCUGAAUAAACGUGCUUCCCUAAAGCCACA